AUGGAGAGAGAUCGGCGCGGUAUGAGCGGAGUCCUGUCCUCUCUCUCCCUCCUAUGUGUCAUCUUGGACCUUCAGCUGGAUGGAUCACUGGCGGCCAGCCAGGCUGAAAUAGAGAACCACCUGGAGAUGGGCCGCAAGCUCCUGGCAGCGGGACAACUGGCCGAAGCGCUCUCACAUUAUCACUCUGCUGUGGAUGGAGACCCCAAAAAUUACCUGACGUAUUACAAACGGGCCACCGUCUAUUUGGCGAUGGGAAAGUUCAAAUCUGCUCUUCCAGAUCUCAGCAAAGCCAUCGACCUGAAGCCAGACUUCCUGGCUGCCAGACUCCAGAGAGGAAACAUCCUUCUGAAGCAAGGGGACACACAGGAUGCUGAGGAGGAUUUCCGGGCUGUGUUGCUUAGCAGCCCAACCAAUGAGGAAGCAAAGAACCAGCUGGAUCGAGUGAGAGAGGUGCAGGAGAGGCGGGAGGAGGCAUGGGCAGCCUACGACAGAGAGGAUUAUGGGGAAGCAAUCAGCUUGCUAGAGAAAGUGAUUGAGUUUUCUCCUUGGGAUCCCAGUGUUCGGGAGCUGAGGUCUGAGUGUUAUCUCAGAAUUGGAGAUCUGAACAAGGCCAUCCAGGACCUCAAGCCAACAACCAAACUCCGGAAUGACAACAGAGCCGCCUUCCUCAAACUCAGCCGCCUUUACUACACAAUGGGAGAGCACGAGGAGAGCCUGAGCCAAGUGCGAGAGUGUCUGAAGCUGGAUCAGGAUGACAAAGAUUGCUUCUCUCAUUAUAAACAAGUCAAGAAGCUCUCCAGACAGCUAGAAUCAGCUGAAGAACUAAUCCGAGACCAGAGGUAUGAAGCUGCUGUAGAAAAAUUUGAAGCUGCCAUAAAAACGGAACCCAAUGUGGAAAUUUACAGGAAACAAGCAAAAGAGCGGAUCUGUCACUGCUUGUCUAAGAGUCAGCACACAGAGGCGGCUAUUAGGACAUGUACAGAGGCCCAUCAGAGAGACCCUCACAAUCCACAGGUGCUGAAGGACAGAGCCGAAGCCUAUAUCCUGAACGAGGACUAUGAGAAAGCGGUGGAAGAUUUCCAGCAAGCAAAAGAACUGGACGGGGGAGAACGAGGAAAUAAAGGAAGGUCUGGAGAGAGCUCAGAAACUGCUCAAACAAUCCCGGAAACGAGAUUACUACAAAAUCCUGGGCGUGAAGAGAAACGCCAACAAACAGGAAGUGAUCAAAGCAUACAGGAAGUUGGCACAGCAGUGGCACCCAGACAACUUUCAGUCAGAGGAGGAAAAAAGAGAAGCCGAGAAGAAAUUCAUCGAUAUUGCAGCUGCCAAAGAAGUGUUAACAGACCCAGCUUUCAGAGAUGCGUCAGAAGGUGGACGCUGGAGAAGACACCCUCUGGACCCCGAGAACCAGCAAGGCUCCGGACACCACCAGCAAUGGCCUUUUGA